AUUGAAGAACCUUUACAGCAGGUCCAACUGCUGUACCUCCUCCUUGAGAGAAGAUUAAUGUGGACCCCAUGUCCAUAUACAUUUGACCAGGCAAGUUUUUUAGGCAGCCUUAAAAUUUCAAUUAGAAAUUUAUGAAAGUGUUGAUCUGUGCAUGGUUGUUUUUAUCUUACAGCAUUCCUUUUAACCACCUUUCUUUGAUUUGUUUAAGCUGUUGUACAGAGCCACCAAGACCUGACACCAAUUGGGGUGGUCUUGUUUGAUGAGAGUGAUGAGAGUGUCAACGUCAUCAGGUGGGCUAAAAAAUUUCAAACAUAGUAAAAAAUUGUUAUUAAAAGUGCCCUAAACAGAACAUGCCAGAAGUACAGAAGUAAACAUAGUUAUUUUUAGCUUAAAUUGUCUGAAAAAUACUCCACCUCUUGUGAAAAUUUCUAUUCACAGAUGAAUGAUGUAAAUGCUUCUUUCUUUUUUUUCCUGUUUAAAACGCAAAUUUUAGUGAGGGCUGGGCCCUAGACUGUCUAGUAAUUUUCCAAAUAUUAAUAUGUACAUCUCUAGUCUCGUAUUGUCUCUUAGUACGGAUUGAAGGAUAUUCCUUUUAUUCAAAAGGACACUUAACGAGGAUACACAACUAACAAAUAUGUUAGACAGCUGUUUGGUCUUUGUGGCACACAACAGAUCACCUUGUGUGUCGCAAAUGCUUGAACGUGUUGGUGAAGAUCCACGUCCCCUGAGUGGUGCCCAUGUCUUGAUCUGCAACAAGUUGGUGUUACCAAACGCCAAGUCAUUGCUGCGUGGUCGUCAGGUA